AUGUCACACAAACCAAGACAGACACAAGUCGGUGAAAGGGAACGAGUUCGUACAGUAGCUUGUGUUCGUGUUGAACUGCAAAAAUGGAAACUUUAGACGAGCUCAUCAUUAAGUUAUAUGAAGUUCAAGCAGUUAAAUUUGGCACAUUCCAGCUGAAGAGUGGGAUAACUUCACCUAUUUAUUUUGAUCUGAGAGUAAUCGUGUCUUACCCAGCUUUACUGAACCAGGUGUCCAGCCUUCUCUUCCAGUGUGCUCAGGGCGCAGAAGUGAAGUUUAACAGUGUGUGUGGAGUCCCCUAUACAGCUUUACCCUUGGCCACCAUCAUGUGUUCUGCCCAUCAGAUUCCAAUGCUUAUUCGAAGAAAGGAAGCCAAAGAUUACGGAACAAAACGCCUUGUGGAAGGUACCAUCCAUCCUGGGGAGACUUGUCUCAUUAUUGAAGAUGUGGUGACCAGUGGAGGUAGCGUUCUAGAGACCGCAGAGGUGCUCCAGACGGAGGGCCUGAAGGUGACCGAUGCCAUAGUGCUGAUGGACAGGGAGCAGGGGGGCAGGUCCAGGCUGGAACAGAAAGGCAUCCGCCUGCACGCCGUGUGCUCCAUUUCGAAACUCCUGGACGUUCUGCACAAAACUGGGAAGAUCGAUGCCGAGGUGGUGCGCAGCGUCAGCAGGUUCAUACAGGAGAACCGCGCUUUUGAGUCCCCGAAAGGCAACAGUGCGGCCCCAGCAAAGGAAGAGGAUGAGAACCUGAGCUACGGCGCUCGUGCUGGGCUGCCUUCGGUGCAUCCCUUGGCAGCCCGGUUGCUGAAGCUGAUGGAGAAGAAGAAGACCAACCUGUGUCUGUCGGCUGACGUGACGGAUUCUGAAGAGCUGCUGAAUGUGGCAGAUACUCUGGGUCCCUACAUUUGUCUGCUCAAGACGCAUGUUGACAUCCUCCAGGACUUCCAGCCUGACUUCGUCAAGGCUCUGAAAGCUCUGGCGGAUAAGCAUGAAUUCAUGUUGUUUGAGGAUCGGAAGUUUGCUGAUAUUGGUAACACAGUGAAACACCAGUACGAAGGCGGCGUGUACCAGAUUUCCACUUGGGCUCAUGUAGUAAAUGCCCACGCUGUGCCAGGCCCUGGGGUGGUGAAAGGACUGAGUGAGGUGGGGAGACCCCUGAACAGGGGUUGUCUCUUGAUAGCCCAGAUGAGCUCACAAGGCUCCUUGGCGACAGGAGACUACACCCAGGCUACGGUUAAAAUGGCUGAAGAACAUUCUCACUUUGUAUUUGGCUUCAUUAGCGUUUCGAAAAUAAGCAGUAAACCUGAAUUUCUUCAUUUGACUCCUGGAGUACAAAUGCAAUCAGGGGGAGAUGCUCUGGGACAGCAGUAUUUAAACCCAGAAGAAGUGCUUUUUAAGAGAGGUUCAGAUAUCAUCAUUGUGGGAAGAGGUAUUUUAAUGGCCCCAGAUCGAGUGAAGGCUGCAGAAGACUACAGGACAGCCGGGUGGGCAGCUUACCUGAAGAGGAUUUCUGGACCUCAAACCCCAUAAUUUCAAUCAUCAGAAAGAAGACUUACAUUCCUAAAUAAAAGCAGAAAUUCAAAUUGGA